GAAGAUCCCGGGAGCCCCUGGAGUGGAAGUGAGGUGGGGGAGGCGUAUGGGUCGGAGGGGGCGGGGCUGAGAGACCGCAGGUAGACGUGGGCCUGGCUACCCAUCUUGGGUGUGGGAAUAGGGAAGGGUUAAGGGCACCGUCCUGCGGCCUGGUAGAAGGAGGGGGUUACGAGAGGGGACAUAAGGGCUAAGGGUGCCCCUAGUAGGCGGGAGGGGCAGCCUGUGGCGUCCCGGUGGGGGAGCAGGGACGAGGCGGAGGUUCUUCUAGUAUGCGCGUUCACCUGAGUGAGGGGUCGGGCCGAGCAAUCCUGGGGUGGAGCCGGGGGUGGGGCCAGGGGGUGGGACCUGGGGUGAGGCUGGGGGUGAGGCGUUGUCUGCGCCCCGGGGAUCCUCGAGGCCCUUAGACGCCCUGACUCUUCCCAGUCACCUGGGGAUGGCUUCAGUUUGAAUUAAGUGUCUGCUCCUGCUGUAGGGUCCCUUUGGUGGGCGAAGAGACCCAAGAGAGAGGGCAAGAAUGGGUUUCCGUGAUGCUGCUGUGAGGGUAGCCCGCAAGGGGGAGUGGGGACGACUGAGGAUGUUUUUUAGACCUUUUAUUAAAGAAUUUAUAGAAAAAUUCUAAGGAAAGGCCUUACAACUGCAUGCCUUUUGGUCUGAUUCACCAGUUAGUAUUUUGUACGUGUUGUGCCCUUUUCUCUCCUCGUUCCCCACUUCCUCCCCUUCUCCCUCUGUCAGGCUCCUCCCCCCUCCCUUUUCCACCUCCUCCCCCCUCCUCUCUCACAGACACAACGUGUACUGAGCUGAGCCGACCCCUUGGAGGCUAAGGUGGACAACCUCACAGUCCUCUUCUCCAUACCAGGGUCUAGCCUCCUAUUGCCCCAGUCCUCCCAACCAUCCUGUAGAAGUUUCCUUUCCUGGUACAGGGCCACGUAUGUAUUGCUGCUGUUCCUCUGCCCGUUCCUUGAGUCUGUGAGUUCCUGUCCUUUGAGUUCUGUCCUUGAGGCUUUGGGGAAGCUCAGGCCAGUUGUGCAUGAGGUUGCUUGAUUUUCGUGCCGUCUGUGCCCCGGGGUGGAUCCAGAGUUUGUGCUCUUGCCAGGGACCACAGAGGACAGCCGAGAUGUUAAGGAUGAUCCCUUCAUGUGCAUUUUUUUUUCAGUCUAAAGGCACCUUUAGCCCCUUUGUAAUGGGUGAGUAACUAUUGGGUGAUGCCAGGAGACCCUGUGAAUGUCCUGAGUAACAUGAGGUGGGACUGUGGGGAGAGGAGAAGGGGGGCACGGCAGGGCCUGGAGGUAGAGCUGAAGAGUUGGGAGCUAAGCGUGAGCCCUGCUUAGCCCAGUGGGAAAGGGAUUUGCCUGCAGGAGGCCCACAGUGCUUGGAGACCUCUCAGCUCAGCUGCCCACACCCUCCUCCCCCUCCCCCUUGGCUUCCUCUGCAUCCCAGGACCAGGAGGGCCAGGCUCAUAGGAUCAACCUCAGACAUGUCCGUGGGGUGCAGGGGGAGUCUGGGCUCCAAGAAAUUUCCAUCCCCAUCUGAGGCAGAUCCUGAGUGGCCCUGAGAUGUGUGUGUGAUGGGGGAAAGUCUGCUUGGUGAGUGAGCCAAGAGGAACUUGGGCCAUGGGGAAUGGCCUCGCUCAAGGAAUCUGGAGACAGGAAGGAGUUCUGGUGGUCCCUCUGCCUAACAAGGUCAUCCUUGCACCAGCAUGACCGGGUUGUGAGGCUCUGAUGAGAGAAGAUAAGAUCCAUGCAUGAACACAUUAGUGAGUUAUCUUUGGUUACCUUUGUGGAGAUAGGCCCCGCACAGGAUGAUCGUGCCUGUGGUGUCUUAAGAAAACCAAAAUCACUUGCUUAUGUGACCACACAUCUGCCCAUAUACCACACAAAGCCCCACGUAUCCUGUGCCUGUUGGGAUAAAUGUGGUCGUGCCAACUGGCUGGAGCUGGCACACUCCUCUUGCCAGGUGAGGCUCUAGAUUAAAGGCGGAAACAUGGUUAAAAGAGCUAGAGUCUGGAACUGGGAUUGGGAAACUCUGGCCUACAGGCCAACCAGCAGCCCGUUUUUGUAAUGAAGUUGUUUGGGGACACAGGCAGGCCCGUGGCAUGUGGGUGCUCUGGCUGUUUCAGCCAUAAGGCGAAGUUGAGUAGUCUCAACCGAAACCACCUGUCCUGCAUUUGCCAGCCCUGGCCCCUAGCAGAAUUAAUGCAAGAGUGCAUUUAAAAAAAAAAAUUAAGUGUAUUCAUUUUGAGAGAGAGAGAGAGUGUGCUCAAGCAGGGGAGGAGCAGAGAGUCCUAAGCAGGCUCCACACUGUCAGCACAGAUCCCGAUACAGGGUUCACCCUGGGGCUGGAACUCAUGAACCGUGAGAUCAUGACUUGGGUCAAAACCAAGAGUCAGAUGCUUAGCCGACUGAGCCCCGCCGGUGCCCUAAGAGUGCAUUUCUAAUCUUGAGUGCAUUUCUAAUUAAAAAUUCAAAGGAAGCUCCUUAUAAACAAGUUUCUGAAUUCCACAUCUUUUUUAGGAAGAAAAAAAGCACAUUUGACAAUAAGAAACAUUAGAACUUUAUGGUAUAGCAAAAAGAGAGCAUAAAGUGAAAAGCUAAGUCACAGACCACGCUGCUGGCAAGACCAGGCCAGACAGACACCACUUUAAUUAUUUAAUAGAAGGGAGCUGGAAGAAAAUGGCCACUGAAGGAGCGCCUGGGUGGCUCAGUCAGUUGGUUGUCUGACUUCGGCUCAGGUCAUGAUCUCAUGGUUUGUGAGUUUGAGCCCUGCGUCAGACUCCGUGCUGACAGCUCAGAGCCUGGAGCCUGUUUCAGAUUCUGUGUCUCCCUUUCUCUCUGCCCCUUCCCUGCUCGCGCUGUCUCUCUCUCUCCCCCUCUCCCUCUCUCAAAAAUGAAUAAACAUUAAAAAUUUUUUUAACAAUGGCCACUGAAAAGCAGGCAGUUGACUCACAGAGCUAAAGCAGUCCUGAGAAAACCCUGGCAGCAAAAUGAGCGGAUUAUGUAGUCUGAGGGCCCUGGUGCGGGGGUGUGAGGAAGGGCCACCCUGUUGAGCAUUGCCAUAGUGGGUGGCAGGAGUUAGGCUGCCUCCUGUGGGCCGUAGUGGGUCACAGCACAGGCCCAGUGGUCCAGGUAUCCCACUUGUAGGUUUACCUUCCCAAUAUAUCACCACCCCGAUCCUAGGGAUAGUGGCCAAUGAAAAUUCGGCACAGCCAGCAAGGCUCUUGAUGAAAAUAAUUUACAGUCAACAAAUGCUGAGCCAGUCAUUGUCCAGAGACCUGCCAGUGAGUAACCCCUGCUGUCAUGGGGUUUACAUUCCAGUGGGAGAGGCAGGUGGAAGGCAGGGAAGAGGGAGUGAGGAGGUAUGGUUGGGAGGAAUUGAGCAGGCCGUGGAGGGAAGGUCUCCCUGGGGGACCCAUCAGAGCCCAGACCCGGCUGGCACAGAAGAGCCUGCUGUGGGGAGCAGGGCGGGGGGAGGUAGGGGGGUUGUGCUCAGGGAACAGAGGGGAGGACAUGAAGGGAGGGUGGUGGGAAGGGUGGCCUGGCGAGCUCUUUCUUCCUUGAGGGAAAUGGAACUCUGCACUCAGACUAGGCUGUGGGAGAGGACAGCGGCGGGUGCUUCGGUUUCUGCCACCUCUUCUCUUUCCAGCAGCUUCAUUAGAUGUAACUGACACCCCAAAAGAGAUCACCUGUGUAAAGUGUGCAGUUCAGUGAUUUUGCCCAUAUUCACAGUUGUACAGCCAACACCACAGCUGAUUUUAGGACGUUUUCAUCGCUCUGACCCUGACCCCCUCGUCUGCCCCCGGCAGCCACGGAGCUACUUUCCAUCUCUGUGGAUUUGCCGGUCCACGUACAUGGAGUCAGACACCCCCACCGCCCCGAGGUCCUGGGCCACAGGCGCUGGUGAAAUGUCAGAGCGCAUCUUCACUUUCCAUGGAGGAGCUCAUCAAUGCCCGGUCCUGCAUUGCAGAGUUUUCUCUGGAAAAGCAGGACUGCUGAGGAAACGUCCUCACCACAGCUGUGCUCACACACAUUUUCCUAAAUUCCUCAGAUGUGUUCGGAAGAAAACAUGGUUGGUUUCUGUGGUUCAGCCAGGGGGAGCAUUCCCACCGGGUUUGGGUGCCGCUUCUCUUUGGGGGUGUCUCCCUCCCAGCGGGGUCUGAGGGUUUUCUGGUUGUGUGGGGAGAAGUGUAGACCCCACAGAUUCUGAGAGGAGCUGGAGCUCUGUCCCUGGAUGCUCAUAGCCAGUGAGAACAUCGUGGGCCCAAAGCUGGCAGCCAGAGGCCUGGUCCUCCGUGGCCCUGCCGGCUUCUGGCCUUCAGCUUGCUCGGUGUUUGUCAGGGUCACAACCAAGAGAUUUCACCUAAAGACCCCAAAUCUAGCUUCUCCCAAGUGAUGCGUCUGCCCAUCAGGAUCAGCCAGGGGAGGAGAGGAUGCCGACAGGACCUGAACACCACAGUCCCUUCCCUCCCCCGCACCAUCGAUUCCCUACUCCUGGUCAACUUCUGCCUCCCACCUGGUUCUGUGGGUGGGUCAAGCCAGGUCUGCAGUCCUGUGUCAUUCCCAGAAAUAGAUGCUGGUUGUCCACUGAUCUACAUUUGACCCUUGAACAAGGUGAGGGUUAGGGCAUACCCGAAAAUCCAUGUAUAACUUUUGACUUCCCAAACACUUAACUGCCAAUAGUCUGCUGUUGACCAGAAGCCUUACUGAUCACAUAAACAGUUGAUUAACCUGUGUUGUGUAUGUUAUAUAUAUCAUGUACUGUGUUCUUACAAUAAAGUGAGUUAGGGAAAAAGUGUUAAGAAAAUUUUACGGAAGAGAAAAUGCAUUUACAGUAUUUUACUGUAUUUAUAAAGAAAAUGCUCCUUAAAGUGGAACCAUGCAGGUCAAACCCGUAUUGUUCAAGGUUCAGCUGUAUUUUGGAUUUUUAGUUUUCUUAAGAAGAGGAGCAAUCCUGGCACCUAGGCCUCCCAAAUGUGGAAGGAAGUCUGGGAUACACCCAAAUCUGGCAUGGUAUCCCAUGCAUCGAGUAUACGUUGUUGGAAUGAAGUUAGUAACGUUUUAAAAUUUUUAUCUUUGAAAGUGAGAUUGUCCUGUAAGUUUUCUUUAUCCUAAUCGUGACUGAUUUAUUUUUUUUAAUCCUGGUAAUAGCCGUCUUACAAAAUGAGUUGUCACUUCCAACAUUUUAUGUUAAUUUUUAUCUGUACACAUACAAGACCCUGCUGAUACUUAACAAGCAGAUUGCUUGGAAACCUAUGUGGACUCUGGGUGUGGAGGGUGGGACUGAGGAGCUCAUCCAUGUUGGGGUCCGGAUGCCCCACGGCUUGCUUCUCAUUGUCUGUCUGUAGUCAUGUCUGUCUGUCCUGUGCAGGGCUGAGAUCCCAGAGCAUCCUGCCAUCCCUGGUGUCUCUCCCUUGCAGCUGCAGUUACGUGAACUUGCCCUCCACGACAGGUGCCCUAUCCCUGGAUAGUCACAUUUCCCAGUGUAGGUUUGGAAAGAUGUUGCCGCUGGAGAAGGCGUUUGCCAACCCCAGGAGCUCCCCAGCUCCCCCAGAACUGCCCAUGCUAGGAUCAGCAGCUGAGGACCAGCAAGAGGACUCCAGGAGUGGCCUUGGGGAGGUCCCUGCCAACCUUGAGUCCUCCCGCCUGCAUUUCCGGAACUUCAUCUACCAGGAAGCUGUAGGGCCCCACCAGGCCCUGGACCAGCUGUAUGAGCUGUGCCGCCAGUGGCUGCGCCCUGAGGCGCACUCCAAGGAGCAGAUGCUGGAGCUGCUGGUGCUGGAGCAGUUCCUGAGCGCCCUGCCGGACAAAGUACGGUCCUCAGUGGUGGCACAGCAUCCUGAGAACUGCCAGAAGGCAGCCUCUCUGGUGAAGGACCUUGCCGAUGCCCUAGAGGAGCCAGAUGGGUCCGUGAAGACUGGUGAAGACGUGGAGCCCAGUGAGACCCAGGCCGCCCCCAACAUCUCCUGUCCUGCUCCAGACCCUGUGCUUCUGGAACAAGGGUGUGCCGGGGACAAGAAACCCGAACAGCCCAAGCCUGCUAAGGCUGAGCCAAAGAAGUUGACAUUUCCGGAGAUGCCCCUGUACCUGGGGGAAUGGGGCCACCUGGACCCGGCAGAGGAGAACCUGAAGACCUUCCGGAAACUGCUCCUGUGGGGGUACCAGCUCGCCCAGCCUGAUGACACCUGCAGGCUGGAGACAGAGGAGCUUCGGUUGGUUGAAGCUGAACCACCGGAAGGCAGCUUCUCAGGGGAUAGGAGGUGGCAGGAAAGUAAAGAGAGCAUGUGCGAGACGCUGAUGGAGAGGAUCACAAGGGAAAUUCUCGUUUGCCCCUUGACGGGUGCUGCUCCGGAGGAGGAAGAGCAGCCGCAGAAGGUUCUGGAACCUCAGGAGAGGGAACCAAGCCCUGUCCCCAGAGCCCAGAGGCAGUCAGUCAUCCGGGAGCCAGCCCAGGACAGGGGCACAGCAGGGGAGAGCCCUACUGUGCCUGUAGCUCCAGCUGCCCCACGCCAAGGCCUUGGAAGAAAAAGGCCCCACUCGAAGGAUGUGGGCGGGCAGGGCCCUGAGCCUGUCUCCAGCAUGAGCCACCCCCAGCAGCGCCAUGUGAAGGAGCCCGCUGCAUCUGGCCUCGGCGCAGGGUCCCUGGGCGCGAGUUGCUCUGCUGCCGAUGAGCCUGGGCUGUCCCGAGGGAAGCCCUACGCGUGCAGCGAGUGUGGGGAGACCUUUGCGUGGAUCUCACAUUUCAUUGACCAUCUCCGAAGCCACAGUGGCAGGAAGCUGUAUGCGUGCCAGGGCUGCUGGAAGACCUUCCACUUCAGCCUGGCCCUGGCCGAGCAUCAGAAGACCCAUGAGAAGGAGAAAGGCUACGCCCUGGGGUGGGCCCUGGGACCCCACCCUGCUGCGUGUGGUGCCCGUGCUGGCGGGAGGCUCCGUGGGCUCCCGGGGUGUGUGGCAGGUGAUAUUUUCCCUGUGCAGCCUGAGGCUCAGCGAUGAGCUGCUUUGCUGUAGGGUCCCUAGAGGCCAGUCUUGCCUCCCAGGUUUGUGUCCCUAGAGACAGCCUUGCCUGCCCAGGUUUGUGUCCCUAGAGGGCAAUCUUGCCUGCCAGAUUUCCCUAGCAAUGUAUCCGCUGCUUUGAAACCCUUGCGUGGCUUCCUGCAGUAUCUGUGUGGAUGUAAGGCUGUCUGUUCUCUAAAUGAGCUAACGUGGCUAAAGCACUUAGAACCCAGAAGGGCCCACGGGAAGCCCUUGUCUCCUUGUAAACACACCCAUGCAGAUGCCCAUGUGCAAGCACGAGCUAUCCGGUGUGAAAGAAUAUUCCCCUUUCUUCCGUAGCCAUUUUAGCACCACCCACACAUUGGAACAUUUGUCAUUGUGCAAAGUGUAGAGUUGCCUUAAAGUGUGUGAUCCGCCGGCUCUUGCUGAAGUCAGCUUUGUCUCUGUUCCCCUUGUUCAAGCUCCCCAGGGCUUCUGCUCAAGCUGUUUGGUCUUUUCGUAAACACCUGAUAUCAAGUUCACUUCCGAAUCCUCAAUAGCAAAUUGUUUCCUAGUUAAGCACGUGUCUACAUGUGUGGAGUGGCUUUACAAAGAUCACAAAAAUGCGUGGAGCCUGGUAGCGCAGUGCUUUCAAACCAUGCGUCUCAGCCUACUAGUGAAUUGUGAAACCAAAUUAGUGGACGGUCGCCAUCAUUGCAAAUCAGUAGAAUUAAGUAAAAAUUCGUCGUGUAGUAAAGGCAAGUAUUGUUUUGUGAAACUUCUCAGCUAUAUAUCUAAAUAUGAGACCCGGUUGAAUUGUGAAAUCAAAUUAGUGGACGGUCACCAGCAUUGCAAAUCAGUAGAAUUAAGUAAAAAUUCAUCCUCCGGCUGUAAAGGCAAAUACUGUUCUGUGAAAAUUUUCAGCUGUAUAUCUAAACAUGAGACCCGGUUGCAAUGUAAGAUGUAUUUCUUACUCAGGGUGGAGGGUCAUGAUCAAAGCAGGUUGAAAACACUAAUAAGGGUUGAUGAGGUGUAUCUGCCUGGGCAAGUGGAAACUUAAUUCUUUGGGCUACAUAAGGUGAUCUUUUGAUUUUUGCAUUUGAUCUCAGAUUAGAGCAUUGCUUCUGUUGCCUGAGCAUAAACUUAACGCUUCUUGUAGGUUAACUGGUGCCUCUUUCUGUCAUGGUGUUUGAGCAGGCAGUCUGUUGUAAUGAUGCCCGAAUCAUAGAUGCUUAACCUAAUAAAGGAUUUAUUUCUUCACUCA